GCAGCGACAGAGCCGGCGGUGGCCGCGGUCCCGGGGGGCGGCUGAGGGGGCCGGGCCGGGCUGCGGGGCGAGCGACGCGGCGGGGCCCGGGACGGCGGCGCGGCCCGGGACGGCGAGGCUCGGCAUGGCUAUGGCGGCUCGCUCUUCGCAGACAGAGCUGUGACCUGGCCCUGCUCACGGCUGAGGAGCCUGCCCACCAUGGCGAGCCCCACUCUGAGCCCCGACUCCUCGUCCCAGGAGGCCCUGUCGGCCCCCACCUGCUCCCCCACCUCUGAUUCUGAGAACCUCAGCCCCGAUGAGCUAGAGCUGCUGGCCAAACUCGAAGAGCAGAACCGGCUCCUGGAAGCCGACUCCAAGUCCAUGCGCUCCAUGAAUGGCUCCCGGCGGAACAGCGGCUCCUCGCUGGUGUCCAGCUCCUCGGCCUCCUCCAACCUAAGCCACCUGGAGGAGGACACAUGGAUCCUGUGGGGCCGGAUCGCCAACGAGUGGGAGGAGUGGCGGCGCAGGAAGGAGAAGCUGCUCAAGGAGCUGAUCCGCAAGGGCAUCCCGCACCAUUUCCGGGCCAUCGUGUGGCAGCUCCUGUGCAGCGCCACGGACAUGCCAGUCAAGAACCAGUACUCGGAGCUGCUCAAGAUGUCCUCACCUUGCGAGAAGCUGAUCCGCAGGGACAUCGCCCGCACCUACCCGGAGCACGAGUUCUUCAAGGGCCAGGACAGCCUGGGCCAGGAGGUGCUCUUCAACGUCAUGAAGGCCUACUCCCUGGUGGACCGGGAGGUGGGCUACUGCCAGGGCAGCGCCUUCAUCGUGGGCCUGCUCCUCAUGCAGAUGCCCGAGGAGGAGGCCUUCUGCGUGUUUGUGCGGCUGAUGCAGGAGUACCGCCUGCGGGAGCUCUUCAAGCCCAGCAUGGCAGAGCUGGGGCUCUGCAUCUACCAGUUCGAGUACAUGCUACAGGAGCAGCUCCCGGACCUGAACACCCACUUCCGCUCCCAGAGCUUCCACACGUCCAUGUACGCCUCCUCCUGGUUCCUCACGCUCUUCCUGACCACCUUCCCACUGCCCGUCGCCACGCGCGUCUUUGACAUCUUCAUGUACGAGGGCCUGGAGAUCGUGUUCCGGGUGGGCCUUGCCCUGCUGCAGGUGAACCAGAUGGAGCUGAUGCAGCUGGACAUGGAGGGGAUGUCCCAGUACUUCCAGAGGGUAAUCCCCCAUCAGUUCGACAGCUGCCCGGACAAGCUGAUCCUCAAGGCUUACCAGGUCAAGUACAACCCCAAGAAGAUGAAGAGGCUGGAGAAGGAGUACGCAGCCAUGAAGAGCAAGGAGAUGGAAGAGCAGAUCGAGAUCAAAAGGCUUCGGACAGAGAACCGGCUCCUGAAGCAGCGGAUUGAGACCCUGGAGAAGGAGAGCGCUGCUCUGGCUGAUAGGCUAAUCCAGGGGCAGGUGACACGAGCGCAGGAGGCUGAGGAGAAUUACGUCAUCAAGCGGGAGCUGGCAGUGGUGCGGCAGCAGUGCAGCUCAGCGGCCGAGGACCUGCAGAAGGCACAGAGCACCAUCCGGCAAUUGCAGGAGCAGCAGGAUAACCCACGCCUCACCGAGGACUUUGUGGCCCACCUGGAGACGGAGCUGGAGCAGUCACGGCUGCGGGAGACCGAGACUCUGGGGGCCCUGCGGGAGAUGCAGGACAAGGUUCUAGACAUGGAGAAGAGGAACAGCUCUCUGCCCGACGAGAACAACGUGGCGCGGCUGCAGGAGGAGCUGAAGGCGCUCAAGGUGCGGGAGGGUGAGGCCGUGGCCUCGGCGCGGGAACUGAAACUGCAGCUGCAGGAGCUCUCGGACACCUGGCAGGCCCAUCUGUCCCGCGGCGGCCGCUGGAAGGAGUCCCCGCGGAAGCUGGUCCUGGGCGAGCUGCAGGACGAGCUGAUGAGUGUGCGGCUGCGCGAGGCCCAGGCUCUGGCCGAGGGCCGCGAGCUGCGGCAGCGCGUGGUGGAGCUCGAGACGCAGGACCACAUCCACCGCAACCUGCUGAACCGCGUGGAGGCGGAGCGAGCGGCGCUGCAGGAGAAGCUGCAGUACCUGGCGGCGCAGAACAAGGGGCUGCAGACGCAGCUCAGCGAGAGCCGCCGCAAGCAGGCGGAGGCCGAGUGCAAGAGCAAGGAGGAGGUGAUGGCCGUGCGCCUGAGGGAGGCGGACAGCAUGGCGGCGGUGGCCGAGAUGCGGCAGCGCAUCGCCGAGCUGGAAAUCCAGAGGGAGGAGGGCCGCAUCCAGGGCCAGCUGAACCACUCGGACUCGUCGCAGUACAUCCGCGAGCUCAAGGACCAGAUCGAGGAGCUGAAAGCCGAGGUGCGGCUUCUGAAGGGCCCGCCGCCCUUCGAGGACCCGCUGGCCUUCGACGGGCUCGGCCUGGCGCGGCACCUGGAUGAGGACUCGCUGCCGUCGUCGGACGAGGAGCUGCUCGGCGUGGGCGUGGGCGCGGCGCUGCAGGACGCACUCUACCCGCUGUCCCCGCGCGACGCGCGCUUCUUCCGCCGUCUGGAGCGGCCGGCCAAGGACAGUGAGGGCAGCUCAGACAGCGAUGCCGACGAGCUGGCCGCUCCCUACAGCCAGGGCCUGGACAACUGAGGCAGUGCCCCGCGUGCCCGGAGCCCGGCGCCGCCGCCUGCCCGCUCCUUCGCCGCCGCCCGCACUUAACAAACUCCAGGCCCUCGGUGGUCCCGCCCACCCCGAGGGCCAGGACCAGCGCGGCAGGGCGCAGAGGGUAGGACCGAAGUCUGGGGAUCCUGAGUCCCCUGGCAGGCCCACUCUCCUCAGCAGUGUUUACCCAUCUUGGUCCGUACCCCUCUGGGCCCAGUUACCUGGAGGGUCUGCCCCUCUUAACAGCCAGGGCAGGGGAGGACCCAGGGGUCCCAGGACUGGAGGAGCAGGAACCUCCCCCCUCCUACCCGGCCUCCUUCUGGGACAAGGGUGGCCCGGCUGGGAAGGACCCAGGAGCCAGAGGAGGCCUGAGGAAGAAGAGGCCGCUCUAGGCCUGUCGUUACCACCCCGUACCACCCUCGGGACCCUUGGCCUCUGGGGACAGAUGGCCAGGCUGGGUUUUCCUGCUUGGGGCAGGCAUUGUGGCCCCUGCGACAGAAACCAAAGCCCCCCCUACUGUGUGCAGGGCCGCGCAGGCUGUGAGUGGCCAGCCGGAACCAGCCAGGGCCUGGGUAGUGUCUGUCCCUGCUUCUUGGGGGCCAGAGCAGCUGUAAGGAAGUGAAGAGACGCCCCUCUCCCCAGCACACCACAUCUUCCUCUGUGACAGUCCCAUCACCCCAGCCUGGCCAGUGAUGAAGGGGCUCCCCGACCCAGGCUAGCCUCCUCUCCAGGGGGCCCCCAGCCUCCACCUCCGUUCCUUCUCAGUAUCCCCAGCCCCACUCUCUGGCCAGAGUCAGGCCCCAGGGGAGGAGGCCUCCCAGUUGAGUUGCCUCCCUGCGCCUGCUCAUGGUGGUCCCGUGGUCUCUGCUGAGUCAGAACCAAGAACGGUGCCAAAAUCCAACGAUGCCCCCAGACUCCCACCCCUGGGGCCUCACGGCCCUCGGGCUGACCCUCUCGGUGCUCCUGGAGCCUAGAGCAGCAUCACAAGGAGUCUCCCCGGCACUUCCUGUGGGGGAUCCAUGCUCAGUACCCCCUCCUGGUCGCCCACUCCUCAGUAUUACAAAGCCUGGGGACCAGGGUGGGCAUCCGAGGGGCUCUCCCACAUGCCCCCCACACCGCCCACCACCAUUUUGCACACUGCCUGUUCACACUCCACAUGUCGCCCAGGCGGGAAAGAUGGAAAAUAAAGUGUAUUUACACA